AGGAGAUAAAGCAGGAGGAGACAAAGAGAUUAUCCGAUAGGAGAUUCCUGCAGUCGACCACACGGCGGCGGGGGAGGAACACCGUUUGAAAGAGCAGACCGUUAACAUAAUGAUGGAAGGAUGGUGCCUGCUCCUUGGCACAAUGGCCUUACUAACAGGGACGCUAGCCGAGGACUCAAAAUGGGGAGGCCUCUACCCUCGGGAGUCGGGCAGCAGAGAGGUAAAAUCACUGGAUGGCCUCUGGAACUUCCGCCUGGCACCUCUCCAUGACCCGUUGCAAGGGUUUCGAGAGGAAUGGUUUCUGAGACCUCUCAGUAAGACUGGGUCAGUGAUAUCGAUGGCAGUCCCAAGUAGCUACAAUGACGUAACGCAAGACAAAGCUCUCCGAGACCACAUUGGAUGGGCUUGGUACGAUCGCACUUUUUAUGUGCCCGUGAGAUGGCAAACUGACAAACAGAGGGUUGUUCUUCGUCUUGGGUCUGCCCAUUAUAAUUCAAUCAUUUACAUCAAUGGUGUAGCUGUGACGUCCCAUGAAGGAGGACAUCUCCCCAUAAUGGCCGAGAUAUCAAGUGGUCUUAGAUUUGGGAAAGAAAACCUUGUCACCGUGGCCAUCAACAACACUUUGACGCCCAGCACGUUACCUCAGGGAAAGAUUGUCUACCAUAAUGACCCUACGAAGUAUCCUCCCGGUUACUUUGAGCAGACAUUAGACUUUGACUUUUUCAACUAUGCAGGUCUUCAUAGGCCAGUUUACCUUUACACAACACCACAAACAUACAUUGAUGAUAUAGUGGUUAACACUGAUAUUGAUGGGUCUGCAGGUAUCAUUAAUUACAAGAUAUUUGCGGCCACCUCCGGGAUCGGCCCCCAGACUGAAGACAACGUGGGCUGUUCAGUCAAGCUCCUGGAUAACGAGGGGGAUCAUGUUACUAGUGCCAUGGGGUGUGUUGGCACUAUUAAGAUCAGCAAUGCCAGUCUUUGGUGGCCAUAUCUCAUGCAUAGCAACCCUGGCUAUAUGUAUACGUUGAUGGCAGCAGUGUCAGAUGAGCAUGGUGUGCUGGACCUUUAUCCUCAGAAAGUUGGCAUUCGCACUCUUGGAUGGAACUCCACUACGCUGACCAUCAACAAUCGGCCUCUUUAUUUGCGUGGCUGUGGGCGGCAUGAAGAUGCUGAUAUCCGGGGCAAAGGUGUUGACUACCCACUGAUCGUGAAGAACUACAUGAUCGUUCAGUGCUGUGUUUGUUUAUUCUGCAGCAAUGUUGUGAAUGCCACCAAAGCAGUUGAUGCUACCCGUCCAGUUACUUGUGUUCUCAAUUAUCCAAAAGACGAAGAACAUGCUGGAAGCAGCCUAGAUGUGAUUUUGGUGAAUCGCUACUUCUCCUGGUACAGUGACACAGGGCACCUAGAGCUGAUUUAUAAUCAGACUGUGAAUGAGUUCAUGGAGUGGCAUCUCCUCCACAACAAGCCUGUUAUGAUCUCGGAGUAUGGAGCUGGGUCCAUUGCUGGUUUCCAUAUGGACCCUUCAUUCACAUGGACUGAAGAAUACCAAGCAGAUUUGAUGGUGGAGAAUUUCAAAGCCUUUGAUACACUCAGAAGCAAAGGUUACUUUUUUGGCGAGAUGAUAUGGAACUUUGCUGACUUUUCCACACCGAUGGAGUACAACCGUCCUGGUGCCUGCAUGAAGGGUCUGUUCACAAGAGCUCGGCAACCCAAGAUGGCCGGUCAUCUGAUGCGCAUGCGGUACUGGUCUCUGGCACAGAACAUUCACAAUGUCACCAUACCCAAAGGGGUUCGCAGUCCGUUGCAUAUCAUAACGUGAUCUGGUGGAGUUUCUACAGGUUGUGUAAGACAUUCCUUAUCAUAAGAGGCACUGGAGUGUUUUGUAAUCACAUUGAUUAAUGGUUUAUAUAUAGAGAGAGGUUGAAUGUUUGUUGUGGAAGUAUAAAUAAAGUGUGUAGUAAUGAAUAGAAGCACAGUUUGUUUAUAUGAUUACUAUUUACCAUAAAAGCUGAUCUUAUGGAAAGAAAUGAUUCUGGAGAUUAUAUAAUGGAGAUAAUAUGUUGAUAGCACACUAGUAUUUUCUUAACAAAGAUGUUUGAAAUAAGUUUUAAGUGAAACUGAUGUGAUAAAUGAAUGAAGUUGUAAUUUG